GAUGAAGAGAAUAUAAAAAAUGUAGUAGGACAGAAAGUCAUUCAGGAUUAUGUCCAGAAGUACAAGGGUUUCAAGAUAGAUUUAAAUUGCAAGCAAUUGACGGUAGACUUUGUGAACCAAUCCGUGCUACAAAUUAGCAGCCAGGAUGUUGAAAGUAAACGUAGCGACAAAACUGAUUUUGCAGAGCAGCUGGGAGCAAUGAACAGACGUUGGCAGAUGCUGCAAGGCCUGAUAACAGAAAAGAUCCAGAUGUUGGAAAGUCUACAGGAAUCCUGGACAGAAUAUGAAAAUAGUGUGCAGUGCCUUAAAACUUGGUUUGAAACCCAGGAGAAGAAGCUGGAACAGCAACAGAAAAUUGGAGACCAGGCUUCAGUACAGAAUGCUUUGAAAGACUGUCAGGAAUUAGAAGAAUCAAUAAGAGCAAAGGAAAAAGAAGUAGAAAACGUAGAACAGAGUGGUCUUUCUUUGAUACAAAACAAGAAGGAAGAAGUCUCUUCUGCUGUUACAAAUACACUGCAAGAAAUUAACCAUUCCUGGGCCAAUUUGGAUCACAUGGUUAGCCAACUGAAGAUAUUAUUGCAAUCUGUUCUUGAUCAGUGGAGCAUUUACAAAGUGGCUUAUGAAGAACUGAAUAGUUACCUGACAGAAGCCAGAUAUUCUUUGUCCCGUUUUAAUCUUCUUACUGGUUCUUUGGAAGCUGUGAGAGUCCAAGUUGAUAACCUUCAGAGCCUACAAGAUGAAUUGGAAAAGCAAGAAAGUAGCCUACAGAAAUUUGGUUCUGUGACUAAUCAAUUGUUGAAAGAAUGUCACCCGCCAGUGACUGAAACACUUACCAACACUUUGAAAGAAGUGAAUAUGAGGUGGAACAACCUUCUGCAGGAGAUUGCAGAGCGGCUGCGUGCCAGUAAGGGCCUCCUUCAGCUGUGGCAGAGGUACAAGGACUGUUACCAGCAGUGCUCUUCCACAGUCCGUCAGCGGGAAGACCAGACCAAUGAGCUCCUGAAGACUGCCACCGGCAAAGACAUUGCUGAUGAUGAAGUUACUACUUGGAUUCAGGACUGCAAUGAGGUACUUACGGAUUUGAAGACAGUGCAGGAGUCACUGGUUGUUCUUCAGGAACUGGGAGAGGAACUAAAAAGCCAGGUGGAGGCUUCAGCAGCAGCAGCUAUACAAUCUGAUCAUCUUUCUCUGAACCAGAACCUGUCAACCCUAGAACAGGCUCUCCGCAAGCAACAGGCUGUACUUCAGGCUGGAGUGCUAAACUAUCAAACCUUUGCCAAGAACCUGCAAGUCCUUGAGGCCUGGAUAACAGAAGCAGAAGAAAUAUUGAAAGGACAGGAUCCCAGUCACUCAUCUGAUCUCUCAGCAAUACAGAGUAGAAUGGAGGAACUCAAGAGUCAGAUGUUGAAGUUCAGCAGCAUGGCCCCAGAUUUGGACCGUCUUAAUGAGCUGGGUUACAGGCUUCCUCUGAAUGAUAAAGAAAUCAAAAGGAUGCAGAACCUGAACAGACAUUGGUCUCUGAUCUCAUCUCAGACUACAGAGAGAUUCAGUAAGCUACAGUCUUUCCUGCUGCAGCAGCAGACCUUCUUGGAGAAAUGUGAGACUUGGAUGGAUUUAUUAGUUCAGGCUGAGCAGAAGCUGGCGGCAGAGAUUUCAGGAAACUACCAGAGCCUUUUAGAACAACAGAGGGCACAUGAGCUAUUCCAGGCAGAGAUGUUCAGCCGCCAGCAGAUUUUGCAUUCAAUUAUCUCUGAUGGACAACACCUCCUAGAACAAGGACAGGUGGAUGACAGGGAUGAAUUUAAUCUGAAGCUGACUCUUCUAAGUAAUCAAUGGCAAGGAGUAAUUUGCCGGGCACAGCAGAGGAGGGGGAUCAUUGACAGCCAGAUUCACCAGUGGCAACGCUAUAGGGAAAUGGCAGAGAAGCUGCGCAAGUGGCUGGUGCAGAUAUCCUGUCAGCCAGUGAGUGGGCUGGGCAAUGUCUCUAUCCCGUUGCAGCAAGCCAGAGCGCUACUGGAUGAAGUGCAG